UAUUUUCCUUUCCCAGAGAGCAUGUCACCGUUACCUUCCUCUCUCAAGAAAGGCAUGUUGGUGCCAGGAACGAUGGGUCUCCUGUCGGCUGCUUGUGCUAUCGGUAUGCUGCUCUUCAUCAUAUACAGGUUCCUGACAUGGCGCGCGCACUAUAAAACCUUCGUCGGAUACAAUCAGUAUGUCGCGCUGAUCAUCAACCUGCUGUGUGCAGAUCUGUUACAAGGUGUUGCGUUCAUGUUCUCCUACCACUGGGUAUUUACCGAUGGUAUCGUCGCACCCACAGUCAAGUGCACUAGCCAAGGGUUUCUUCUUAAUGCAGGCAACCUGUCUUCCGGUUACUUUGUCAUGGCUAUUGCUCUUCACACCUUCUAUGGUGCUGUUAUGGGUCGUCAUCUCAGACCCUCCAUUUUCUAUACCGCCCUCGCAGGUGGCUGGUUCUUUGCGCUCUUCUUAUCUGCUAUGGGCCCCAUACUGCAUGGAAACCACUACUACGUCCGAGCAGGUGCGUGGUGCUGGGCCGCUCCAGAAUUCCAAACAGAACGUUUGGCUUUCCAUUACAUUUGGAUCUUUGUGAUUCAGUUCGGAACCGUGAUUAUCUACUUCCUAAUCUUCCUUCAUCUCAAGAACACUUUGACGACCAUUUUGCCGUCUUCACAUUCGACCACACACGCGAAGGUUGAUAGAGCAGCACGAUUGAUGCUGAUGUUCCCUGUUGCCUACAUCAUCCUCACACUACCUCUAUCAGCCGGACGCAUGUGGUCUAUGGCACAUCACCAAUACAACAUCCACGAAGGGUACCAACUCGCCUCUGGAGCUUUAAUCGCCUGCUCUGGGAUGGUAGACUGCCUACUCUACACACUCACCCGUCGAAGCCUGGUU